UAUUAUUCAACAUUAUAAUAUUAGAGAAUUGUGUGAUUACUUCUGUAUCAUUUAAGAUAUUACUGUAUUUAUUAAAAUUAUUCGAUUUUAUUAAUUUAUUUCUAAGUGUUUAUAAAAAUGCAAAAUAUUCGUACACCCAUGAGUCAGUGCUUUAAGCUAUACAGGCAUUUUUCUAAAAGUACUAUAUCCAGAACAGCAGUAACGGCACAAGUUACACCAAAUGAACCUUUAACAGUACCUCCACCAAGUAAUGUAGAAAAAACAUUUCCACCGAAAAUAGAAAAUAUUGUAAAUGCCAUUUCCCAAUUAAACUUAUUAGAAGUAUCAGAAUUGAGUGAAGCAUUAAAGAAACGAUUAAAUCUCCCGGAUGCACCGAUUUUACCCGCUGGAGGUUUUGCUGUUGGAGGAGCUGUAGCUGCGCCAGUUGAAGAAGAAGAAGUGGCUCCCAAAGUUGUGAAAACAGCUUUCACCGUCAAGCUUACUAAAUUCGAUGAAAAACAAAAAGUAGCACUAAUUAAGGAAAUUAAAAAUUUAUUAGAAGGUAUGAAUUUAGUCCAAGCCAAGAAGUUUGUUGAAAGUGCACCAACAGUUGUUAAAGCUGAUAUUGCAAAAGAUGAAGCUGAAAAAUUAAAAGAAGCUUUAACUAAAGUUGGAGCGGUUGUUGAAAUUGAAUAAUGUAAUUAUUUUCGUUUUAUAUAUAUUAAAUAAUUUUAUGUUA